AGAAAGAGGCGGAGGAGGAGGGGGAGGAGAAAUAGGAGAAGGAGGAGGAGAAAGAAGAGGAGGAGGAGGAGGUGAACAACUUACCCCGCUGAGCUUUCUUUGGGGAAUACGUGCAUCAAGGUUUAGAUCUGCAUGUAAAAUCCAUACAAAGUAUCUGCCACUACAAGUCUGACUCUCCUCCCUACCCCGUUUGUUUGUUUUUUUUUUCUUUCCCUUUUCUCUGCUGUCAGAAAGACUGAAACAGAACUAUCUCUGUUUCUGGCUCCACUGCCAGUGAAGGAGUUUUCAUUCAGACUUUCCGAAGAGAGGUGGAGAAACCUAAAGACUCAGGAGAAGAAGAGGUCCUUUGAGCCAGAUGGGGCAUUAGUUCUUCUGCUUUUCUCAGCAUGGAUAAGCCCUUUCUUCAAGGAUUUUCUGAUGCGCCCUAAGAUCCAUGUAACUACAAGGGCUCUUUAUCACCACAAGUGCCACCCUGACCCCAAACCACUCAGAACUCAAGAAUCAAGGCAAAAUGGAUGCCGCAGUGACAGAUGAUUUCCAACAAAUCCUGCCUAUUGGACAGCUGCGCUCUACUCACGCGAGCAAUGAUUAUGUGGACCGUCCUCCAGUCCCCUGUAAACAGGCCCUCUCCAGCCCUUCCCUUAUCGUGCAAACCCACAAAUCUGAUUGGUCCCUGGCUACCAUGCCUACUGCUCUCCCACGCAGUCUCAGCCAGUGCCAUCAAUUGCAGCCCUUGCCUCAGCAUCUGAGCCAAUCUAGCAUUGCCAGCUCAAUGUCCCAUAGCACCACUGCCUCUGAUCAAAGGCUCUUGGCCAGCAUUACGCCCUCACCUUCAGGCCAGUCCAUCAUCCGAACCCAGCCUGGAACAGGAGCCCACCCAAAGGCUGAUGGUGCUCUGAAGGGAGAAGCUGAGCAAUCUGCCGUGCACCCCAGUGAGCACCUCUUCAUCUGCGAGGAGUGUGGGCGCUGCAAAUGUGUCCUCUGUACGGCAGCUCGCCCUCUCCCCUCCUUCUGGCUGUGCAACCAGCGUUGCCUUUGCUCCGCUGAGAGCCUCCUCGAUUAUGGCACUUGUCUCUGCUGUGUUAAGGGCCUCUUCUACCACUGUUCUACUGAUGAUGAAGACAACUGCGCUGAUGAGCCCUGCUCCUGUGGGCCUGGCUCUUGCUUCGUCCGCUGGGCAGCCAUGAGCCUCAUCUCCCUCUUCUUACCCUGCCUGUGCUGCUACCUGCCUACCCGUGGAUGCCUCCAUCUGUGCCAGCAGGGCUAUGAUAGUCUUAGGCGACCAGGCUGCCGCUGUAAAAGGCACACCAACACUGUGUGCAGAAAAAUCUCUUCUGGUAGCGCGCCCUUCCCCAAGGCCCAGGAGAAGUCUGUAUGACCUUCCCACAAGAGGGAUCCAGUGCUUUCUCCUUCUAGGCCCCAUCAAUAAAGCAUAGGCCUCAUCUUUGAAGAAGGGGAGGAGGAGAAAAGUAGCCAAGCCAAAGUUAGGGCUCACCAAUUUCGUUCCUGCAGUGUCAGGGGAAUGGUCAAGUACAUCCUGGUGCAGGAUGCCUUGCUCUUUCUCACAGUAUCUAUCCCACUCCUCCUCAGUCUUUUUACACCCACCAUCUCAGCCCUUAUGGCUGUCAUGGCAUAUUCAGGUGAUAUAUAAGCAUGAGAUUUGGACACUGAGGGCUGACAGAGCCAGCAACGUGGAGGUUUAGGGGCUCCCCAACGUAGUACCUCUCGAUGCAGGCUCUGAGUGUCACUCUGCUUUCCACAGUGCCUUUGGAAGCUUUCUUCUUAGAUGGUUUUCACAGGUCCACGUGGAACAGUGUUCAGUAUUCCAGGGAAUCUGACCCCUUCUCCGUCUACCGCCCCUCUGGUCUUUAGUCUUUUUCUCAUUUUCUCCUCUUCUUGCAUUACUCUGUUCUGUUCUCAUUCCCACUCCAUUCUCACCCUCUCUACUUUUACUUUUCCUCUCUUUUCUUUCUCUCUCUCUGCUUUCUUCUCCUUCCCUCCCUUUCUCUCAGACUAAUCCUUUCUCUGCCUGUAUUUCUGUCUUGUUUGAUCUAAUCUUUGUCUCCUUCUACCUGUCCCUCUUUCUCUCUCUAACACAUCAAAAAGUGCUGUUUUUCCGUAGGUGUUUCCUUUGACGCCAAACUUUGCUGUUAUACUAUUUACUAAUUUUUAUUGAGGGAAAUUGAUUACUGUAAUGAACUUAUCACUAGCAAUAGUGUGUGUGCACUCAUAACCACACUCGCCAGUUUAUGAGCAUAUGAGGCAAACUUAUCUUACAUUUCCAGGUUUAAUUAGUUGAAGUUUUACUCCCUUUCCCAAUGAUCAACUUACAGCACUGACAGAUUCCACUAGCCUGCUGAGUAGGAUAGUAAAUCAGGAUGCUCAUGACUUUGUAUGUCUGACCCACGUGCCAGAGGCAGGCGUGCUUUACAGCUAAGUGAACAAAGCAAAGGAUGUUACAGGUCUGCUCUUAGAAGCGAACUGCCUGAGACUGCAUGGCUCAGGCCUUAACAAUGGACAUAAAAAGCCAUAGAACUUCAGAGCUGGAAGGAUCUUGACUGUUAAUCUAGUUCAAUGCCCUUAUUUUACAGAUGGGAAAACUGAGGCCUGGAAAUAGGAAGGGAUCUGUCCAAGGCUACACACUGAGUUAAUAGAGUUGGGCCUGGCAUACAGGUCUUGUGACUCUUGGUUCAGUAUUCUCUAUUAACAAUGACAGAAAGCCAUUCCCAUUCAAUUUUCAGGAAUCAUGCCAAGCUAGUGUGGUGGUCUUUAUGUGGGGCACAGUGGGUAGCUAACUUUCAGGUGUCAAGGCUGCCCCCAGUGGACAUCACCUUUGGCUCUGUCACCUUGUAGAAGCUCAAGUGUGCAAAAGAAAAGCUUAAGGAAGCCCUAAUCAAGCUGUAUCUUCGCCAUUGCACCUACCCUUUGCUACACACUGUGCUUGCUCCUGGCUUUGUCUGCAGUGGCAGUUGCCUGAGAACCUAAAUUUCAGCAACAGUGGAAAACUGAGAUGGAAGAUGUAUAAUGCAGAGAACUGACUUCUCUCUUACGAAAUACCAAGAGCUUGUGCUGUGAAUCCCCUUCAAUGGGAAAAGGCUGCAGUGGUGAUAGCAGCCUCCCAAGGACUGCUGCUGAAAGAUGCAAGAAUUAGAUACAGUUUCCCUCUGUAAGUGAAUCCAAAAUUCACUACAGAAUUCAAAGAUUGAGGGCACUUGCUUGAAAUCAAGGUGCUCCAGACUCUAGCUUUAUAUCAUCAUCUCUUUUAAAGUGUGCAUGGGUAUGUAUUACAGGGUGGAAAGGUGGGGAGAAAUGUAUAGUCAUACGCAGGGGGAAGAAGAAGGGAACAUCCACGUCCCCUUGUCGGCUAUAUACUAUAGGAAUACGUGCCACUCAGUCUUUGUUGGUUCUGAAUCUCCCUGAAGUGUACUGACAUUUGGCCUGCAGAGACCCUCACCUUCUCUUUCACCUCCUCUUCUAGAAUUGCUUUGCUCUAUUUUUGUAUAUAUAAAUAUGUCAUGAUGAUUAUUAAUAAUGUUAAUGAUAUCGCUGCAAAUGGUGCCACAUGCAAGGUUUGGCUUCUUGGAACAUUUAUAACCCGAACCAGUACCUGCCACCUCUCAUGUUGCUUUCAAGUCCUUCCAUUUAAGUAACUUCUUUUUACCUUACAAGUCUGCCUGACUGACCUUUGAACUUAGCCACCCCUAAAAGCUGUGCCCGGUUUUCUGGGUCAAGCUGGAUGGUGAUGAGUAGCAACACACACUUCUCUUCGCUUCUGCCUGAAAUUUGCUUAAAGCUGAGAUAAGUAAGGAUUCUGACACUAGUGCAUUGUUCCUGGAGCUAAAGUUAUUCUAUGGAUGUUUGCUGAUUAGUUUCAGGACCCAAAACAACACAAGUCCCUCCUCCUUGAUAGCUCCUUCAUAUCUCAAUCCUGCAGUCCUUACUCAGGCAAAUUGUGCACUGCCAGAGGCUCUGGGCUCUGCCCUGGGCUCUGCCACACACCCAAAGGAGCUCUUCUCAGUGUAUUUCUAAAUGGCCUUACACUUGGUAGAAGAAACUGAACGGUUACGCCAAUGCAGUUGCAGUCUGCAAUCUGCUGAGUCAGGGCUCUCAUUUGUGUCCAAGUUGGCCUGAUAUGGACUGCAUCUGGUUUACGUAUAGAUGGGUCCUGUUGGGGUAUGCGCACAGACAUGUGAGUGUGCAUAUAUAUCCCCUCUGUGAGAUAUAUAUAUAUAUAUAUAUAUAUAUAUAUAUAUAUAUAU